ACUAAAUUUGUCAAAUUCCGACGACUUUUGACGGCUCGUCGACGUUCCUAGCGAUGGAAGAUGAAGGUAAGCAAGAAGUACCGUCAACUGAGCAAUCAAGUGCGACCACAAACGCACCGGAAACCGGAAGUGCCACUUCUCCUGCUAAUGAAAGAAUCCGCAGCGUCAAACUAAACGUUCCGGGUGACAACAAUGACGUACACGAGUAUGUACUCGAAGAUGCCGGGGAAGGAGAGAAGAUUACGUCGACGCGGAGGGCGCUUGUCGGUCAAUUUGCUGUCGUGCGGUCGUCAACAGCGAAGAAGACAAAGAGAAAGACUUUGAGGCGCACAAAGAGGGCGGAGAAACGAGGAAGCGAGAUUUCCAAUGCCACGCCUACUGGGUAUCUGAAGGAGGAUGCGGAUGUGUUGACCAUUUUGGAUCAUAUGAGGAAGGAUGUGAAGGAUGCUCCGUUGCAGUUGAGGUGUCUGCUUGCAAUUGAGAGGCUUGUUGAGACUGAAGCUGCUAACAGAGACGUAGUAGCACAGAAUGGCGGAAUUGAGUUGAUCCUAGAGGCAGCAAACAACUGCAAGUCAAACAAAGACGUACAAGGAUCAGCAUGCUGGGUGCUCUCCAAUCUCUGCAGAAACAAGGAUUUAAAUUCGAGAUUAGUUGAGAAAGGCUGCAUUGAUAUUGUAAUGCAAGUGUUCACUGAACAUUCGGCAAUCGAACGUGUUCAACAUGCGUGUCUGGCCGUGAUCUGCAAUCUUGCACUGAAUGUGGAUACACUGAAGAAAUUGGUUGCGGCUGAUGUCGUGCCGAAUGUGACGAGGACAAUACGAGACUUUCCAGAGAACGAGUGGAUUCAGUUCACGGCAGUUCAGGUUCUUCAGAACACAGCUAAUGUUGCUGAUUUAUGUGCCAAGUUGAUGGAGGCAAACAUCAUGUCUGCUGUGUUGCAGUCCAUGGAUGCAUGCAACGAUCACGAUGAGCUUCUCCAAUCUUCUUUAUGGAUCUUUUCAUCUCUUGCUUUCAACGGCCAAGAUGAGACUCGUGUUGCACUACUGGAGUGCGGUGUUCUCCCCUCCAUCAUUCGUGCUAUGAAAGACUGUGAAGGUCAUCACGGAGUUUUCUUCACCGGCUGCUCCGCCAUCGCCAAUCUUGCACGAACAGGAGAUAUAGUUGAUACUAUUGUGAAGUCUGAAGCUGUUCCUUUACUUCUUAAUGUUCUACAACAAUGUCUAAACGAUGCCAGUGUACUUCGUACCGGAUGUCGAGCACUCGUUCUGCUUCUGGAAAGCAAUGAUGCUCACAAACAGUGCAAGCAACAUGGAGCAUCGAAGCUGCUCAAGAAGAUUCUGGAUGAAAAUACUGAAGAACCUGUUGCUAUGGAGGCCAAACAAGCAUUGAAGCUUUUGAAAACGAAAGGCGGUGGAUGCAUAGUCAUGUGAUCCUUGCAGUGCACUGCAAUUGGACAUUUUGAGAAUGUGAUGAAGUAAAUAAGUGAGCUGAUCUAAUUGACAUUGACUGCUAGUUUUUGUGCCGACAUAUAAGUUGAAUGUAAUUGAAGGUUUGUGAUUAAUUGAUUGCAUAUUUGUAUUGA